AUGCAUACUGCAGAUUCCUGGUAUCUCACUGUCGUCCGCACGCAGGGCUUGCUCUUCAUCCGUCCUGCAAAGUCAUGGCGCCCAGUAGUGUCUGUGGGCGUUGUUGACCCACAUCAGACGUAUGAAGUCGCCCUGGGUAGCGACGGGCAGAAUCCCAACCUUCAGAAACCGUUUGUGCUGCGUGAUGUGGACCACAGCUCACAACUCGACAUACAGGUUUGGCAUAAACCGUCUAGUAAAAACCGUAAGAAACGGCACCUAGUUGGGUCUGCGUAUGUUUCUCUCGGCGAAGUUAUUCGCAGGCAGCAGCAACCGGGCUCAGACCUGGAUCUUCAUCUCAAUUGUCCGCCUCCACAAAAGAGGAGCCCAACAAUCAAAGCCAAUCACCAGCGUCGCACCAUUCUUACUAUCAGGGUAUAUCCGCCGUCUUCUGCCCUGUCCACAGGCAUUACGUCUUCCGGGUCUUUGGAGGACGAGGAUGAGAGACUGUCGGAAACUUCAUCUGAAUCUCCCUCAGAGACUUUAGUUACUCCGACAGUGGAUGGACAUGAAGACACAUGGCCGCAAGAGGCUGAACAAACUGCAUGCGCGGACGGUCAUCAACUACGGAGGCGGCGGCGUCGAAUCAAAGGCUAUUCGCUUGAUUCUGAAGCAGAAGACGGCAACUCGUCGUCCUCAGAUUCACAUAUAUCCCAGCACGCCAAUUAUCCUCCGACACCUGAGCCAUACGAGUAUUCCCACGUGGGCUUUGACGAAGUGGAAUCCCCGCAAUGCACUGCAUCGAGUCUCGGCACGCCGACGCCACUUCCGCGCUACGCAGAGAGGGCUGUUGAAGAUGUUACACUCUCGUUCGCAGAGGCGGUAGUAGACAGUUUUGCCCCAUAUCGCGAGCUGCGGCAUGCCGAGCUGGAGGCUGACUUUGACAAGGUCCUCGGGCGGCUCCUGACCGAGUGGUACGUUGUUGGCGCGUCGCUUCUCGCAAUCGCAGGGAUUGACGCGGCGAUUUUUGGUCUUGCGCCUGGGUCCAUCCUGCCCGUCGAUGGCAUCGCGCAACACAUCGUAGCCAUCGGUGCAGUUGCCGCCGGCCUCGGCAUUGCCAUCAUUUCCUGGUUCCUCGUACUUUACAGCAGUGCGAACGCCGUCAAGUUCCAGCGUCUUGCGCGGGACGUCUACGGCUCGUACUUCUUCUUUUGCCUCACGUGCCGCCUGCCGACACUCUGCAUGUUCCUCUCCGCGCUCGCGCUCACGCUCUUCCUGCUCAUCGUCGCGUGGUCCGCCGCGCCGUCCGCCGUGCUCGUGCUCUCGUUCCUCGCGGGCGUGCUCGUCUCGCUGCAGUACCUCGUCUUCGGGUGCCACCGCGCGUUCAACUUUGUGAUAUGGGCGUGCAGGGGAGCGUGGCGAGUGUUGGGCGCGGGACGGGGGAGCGCCGCGGCCGCGGAUUCGUCUCGGCCACCUCGCCGUCCACAUGCACAGCCUCAUGAGGAGCGGCCGGUUGAGAUUAGCGAGCUGAGAGUCGAUGAGCCAAGGGCGGACGAGCGGAUACCGGAGAAGGCACAUUUUCCUCGGUAA